AGAACAGGGAAAAAUUCUUAUCACUAGUUACUAGAUUGAUUUUUCAGAAGAAUCUUCAUAUAAUAAAUGGAGUAAUAAUGAUAAUAAUAAUGAUUGUAAGAAUGAGAUUUCAUGUAUCGCUUGAAAACAGAGUACGGUUACCAGGGACCACCUUAGGGUAUAGUUGGCCAGCGUUAACUACAGUCAUAGUUAUACAUAUUAAAAUUGCUCCUUGAUUUGGGCACUAAUAGGCUUCGCGCUGGUCACAACUGCAUUCAUUAGUUACCAAGCUUGAACGUGUGAAUCAUCAAUUCAUCAUCGUAUAUGCACCGCGCUUGUUAUGGUCAGACCUUGUGAUAUUUGCGGUGAUGUUGGUAUUCUUGAAGCAAUUGUUACUUGCUCUAAAUGCAAUGUAAAUUGUGAACACGUUUAUUGCAUGCGGAUUAAUGUCCUCAAACUUCCAGAAUACUGGCUUUGUGAAUCUUGCCAAGCUAAACAUGUUACAAUUUCACCAUGUAAAGUAAAUCAGGAUAUUGAUUCACAGGCUUCUAAAAGGCUACGAGCUGUUACAACAGGGAAAGUGAAGUUCCUUCAUGAGGAUGAAGUCAUUAAACUUUCCUCUGUUCAAUUUUCCAUGAAACCUAUUACAGCAAAUUCUACUUUGCUGACUGCCCGAAAGGCUUCUGUUGGGUCCAAAAAUAUUAUUUCCAAGAUUCCCUCCCUGGCACCAAAAUUAAACCCGUGCAUAACACCUCCUAAGGUACUUGGGAAGCGCCCAAGAGAUGGUGGAGCACAUAAGAAGCUGAUGACUAGUCAGCAUGCUUCCUACUCAUUAACAAAACGACUGCCAAAGGAGCAUAUUGGUGAAAAUCAUCUGUCUUUGGGUGGACUGAUACCUGAGAAAAAAGUUCAAAACGAUGAUCAUCAGAAAGAAAAGCCUACAAAAGGGGCAGCUUUUGAAGCUUUGUCAGCAAGAAAACCUUCACCUAUUUUUGGUUCAGGUGGUAUUCUUUGUGCUGAUGCUGAAUGUAACCGGUCUAAUAUUAAAAAAAGAAGCCAUAAGAAUGUUCAAGAAAACCUGAAUCUUCAUCGCAAAUUUUUACCCUCUUCUAGUCCUACCUGGAGGGGUCAAUUCCAAAUUUUUCAUGAUGCUGCUUCUGGCAAAUUUUAUGAUGGGUUUGAGGCUCAACCUCCAUGCAUUGUUAAUAGUAAAGCAUACAAAUUUUCAAGUCAAAUGCCCUCAGUCCUUCAACUGGAAUCACUUCCUGUAUUGAAUGUCUUAACUGACAUAUUCCUGGAUGAUUAUCCUAGUCUUCAAGAUAUUGCAUUGUACUUCUUUCCAUCAGAACAUACUGAGAGAUCGAGAAAGAACCUGAACAGCAUAUUGAAGUUUAUGAACACUGAGAAAUCAAUGCUAAGAAGUUGCAUUAAUGGAGUAGAGUUGUUGGUAUUUACAUCAAAUCAGCUUGAUAUGGACUCCAGGGGGUAUAUUGCUGCAGUAAACGCUGGAUAUUUCCUGUGGGGAAUCUUUCGCCAAAAAAAAAUUGAUAAACCUAUUGAAAGAGUACUUGAUAUGGAGCCAGUUGACAUGGAAAUUGAUAUGAUUGGAGGAAAGGACGUGAAGGGGAGAGUGGAUAAUGUUCAAAAAGCUAAAACUAUAAGUCGAAAUGUCAUGGAAUGUGAUAAAUUUUUGGACAAUAUGGAUGUUCCGCCAGGCUUUGAAGCACAUGCCAAAAAGUCUUAAAGCUGCCUUGUGAAGAGGAAAGAACAGUGGUAUAUGGUGGAUGAACAGUGUCCUUCAGGACCGGGUGGUAGAGUGCAACCUUCCAAAUUUUGAAGAGGAAUUAAAAAAUCACCAGGUUUUGGUAUAAUACUACAAUGAACUGAAAUUAUGGUCAGCUUGUUUGUACUGUUUCUGAACUCAAAUAUUACGAGUCUGACGAGGAAUUUGCUCAUGGCCUAUGUCAAUAUCGGUAGAAAAGAAUGUGCUUAUGCUCUUUUUUCUGUCCCC